UAUAAGCCUUACUCUAGAUGGAUUGAUCGGCAUGAAACAUCACUGAAGAACAAAAUGGAAAGCAAGCAAAAGCAACUCUAUAUCCUUAAGGAAGCCGGCGCAGACGUCAAUAAUUCUGAUGCGACGAAAGGAGUUGUUUACAAAGAUAAGAAGAAGAAGUAUCGGGUCGAUGGCCAAGGACGGGACUGCUUCGAAAUCUAUGCUAGGGGACUCAACAUCACCCUCGGUGAUAGACCUGUAUAUUGGCAGUGGAAGACUGACAGUAACAACAAUGGCAUCGAAAGGGCGGAACUGGUGAAGACGAGGUGGCUGGAAGUCAAAGGGUCGUUUUGGACAACAGGGUACCUAACUCAUGGGUCUUGGUACUCAGUUUCGUUUCUGGUGAGGUUGCCGGCCUGGAGCAACAUGAAGAAGCGGAUGGUGAACCUGAGACUGACUCGCCCGGACGGGAGCAUCCAAGAGGGGCAGGCGGAGUUGCCUGAUGAAGUGGGCACGGAGAAGUGGCACGAGCUAGAGGUCGGGCGUUUCCACAUGAGUGAGAGGAAUGCGGGCGAGAUGUUAUUUGCCAUGGAGCAAUCGUUCGACAGAUGGAGGAAAGGGCUCUUCAUCAAGUCCGUUGAGAUCAAGGCCAUAUGAUCCCAAGCAGUUAUAUAUAUA